ACACAAAAUGGCUCCAUGACGCAGUUGUUUCGGUCUAAUGCGCUUCUGAAGUCAAGCACAAGCCUCUGUAAUCGACAAAUAUGUGGCUGAAACAGAUAGUUACUGCAGUGUUCCUGUUGCUUGCGAGUUUAGCAUACGGAGAUGAUGAGAUAUAUUCAGCUAUUUUGGAGAAGGGAGAAAAAUCUUCUAAUGUAGUAAUCCGGAGAGGAAACUAUGAUGAUCCAGUUGCGAGCGGAAAGCUUAGUGGAAGUAUACAAAAAUCGGGCUGGGAAUUCUUCCAAGUUGUAACCCGUGGUGACUACAAAGACAAGCAGCAAGCAUUGGUUGCUGGCAUGCUGGAGGGCUAUGUGACGUCACAUUUGAUUGACAUGCACUGGCUUAACACGUUGGCUGAUUAUUGCUCAGAGGACCCAGAUUUCUGCUUCUCUCUCGGUGAAUUCCUCGGAGAGAAUCUGUCUUGGAUGAGAUUUCAGAUACAGAACAACCCAACAGAUGAAUACUGGCACCAGGUUGAACUUGUUCUUGAGCAGCUUGAGGGUCUGAAAGAAGGAUACAGAGAAAACAAAAGUAAAGCUGAAGGAGCUGUCAUUCCUGAUUUUGGAUUCCUCUUGAUGCAAGUCGCUGGUGACUUAGAUGGUUUGGAACAAGCUCUCGGUAGGAAAACUCUGAGUAAAAGUUUUGGCACAGGGUCAUGCUCCGCACUUGUCAAGCUGUUGCCUGGCAACAAGGAUCUGCUGAUUUCACAUGACACGUGGGGUUCUUACAACUCUAUGCUACGGCUGUUUAAGUCUUAUAACUUUCCAUUUAAUCGUCAAAGCAUCACAGAUUCCGAUAUCCCUGCCAUUGUACCAGGAAAAAAGCAAUGCUUUUCUUCAUACCCAGGACGGCUCCUGAGUGGAGAUGAUUUCUACAUGAUCAACAGUGGAUUGUUAGUACAAGAGACGACCAUAGACAACGAUAACCCAGCUUUGUGGAAAUACGUUCAACCUGUUGGCACUGUUUUAGAAUGGAUCAGGAACCUGGUGGCUAAUCGCCUUGCCAAUACGGCGCGGGAAUGGGUCGAGAUUUUUUCCAAGUAUAAUAGUGGAACCUACAAUAACCAGUGGAUGGUCGUGAACUAUAAGCAGUUUGUCCCGAAUCAACCGCUUGCGCCCGAUACAUUCUGGGUUCUUGAGCAACUACCAGGAACUGUUAUGAUGGCGGACAUGUCCGAAAUCCUCGACAACGAGCGAUACUGGGCAAGCUACAAUCUACCAUACUUCCCUGAAAUCUACAACUUAAGUGGCCAACCAGAGAAUGUCAAGAAAUACGGUUCAUGGUUUGAUUAUCAUUUGAACCCACGAGCUCAAAUCUUCAAAAGGGACCAAGGAAAAGUGAACGACUUGAGUGGCUUCAUAACGUUAAUGAGAUAUAACGAUUACAAAUACGACAAUCUGUCCAAGUGUUCCUGUUCACCUCCGUACAGUGCUGAGAAUGCUAUAUCAGCCCGCUCCGACCUCAAUCCUGCAAAUGGCUCUUAUCCUUUCAGUUUUUUAGGCCACAGAAACCAUGGAGGCACAGACUGCAAGGUGACCAGUUAUGACCUAUUCAACAAAUCACUGUCGUGUAUGGCGGUCAGCGGUCCCACACAUGACCAGCAGCCUAUCUUUAAAUGGAGCACGUCGGGCUGGAAAAGGCCUAUGGGACAUCCUGACGCCUGGGACUUUGAACCUGUCAUGGUGAAAUUUUCUCCACUCGAGCUUUGAAUAAAAUUGAUUACGUUUUCAAAAACUGAAGAGGCCGGUUAUUUACACAAGGUCUAACCCAAAUCGCGGUCUUACAGAAGCAGUAGGCUUCUGGUAAUCUUUGCGAGAGGGUUUAUAUAAUCAAAUAAAUGUUAUCUCUACUGUUAGCUAUCGGCCCUCUCUACACUGUUCUCAAAAAUAAAUGUUCAGAUGAAAGGUUCGACAAAAUUGAAGGUAAUUUAGGACGCGUUUUUGUUUAACAAGAGAUAAACUUCGUUAAAAUAACUGGCCCUAGUUGUUUCAAGCUCAAGAAGCAUGCCAUGUAAAUAUUUUCUUCAUUGCUUAACACUGAAAAAAUGAAAGUUCUCAAACCAAUAUUGUUUCAGGCCUUUUCUUAAUCUGGGAUAACGAGUUCUAACACUACUUUCCAAAAUUCAGUUGCACGCAAUACAAGUCCGCACAAAUAUCCUAUUGACCUAGUAUAUUUAGCUAGUUGGUGAAAAGUUUUAAAAGUUGCCCUCAUUUUCCUGCAAUUUGAUUGAUUUCUUUAAACAACCCUUAAAAUUUGAUCGGUUGUUUUAGUAAAGCCAUCUCGUUGGCUGGUAAAGAUGCUAUUUAGAGCAUAAAAUGGUGCGAUUUGGCUUGCACCCGUGAGAACCAAUCAGACUGCAAGGAUCAUAAGUUAUUUCACAGUAGACAACCGCGAAACCGCAGUUCAAAGUUUCAAAAAGUUGUUUGACCCCAACCAUCCAUCUCCAUCAAUCAGAUAUGACAAAGAAUACCCAACUAGGAAUUUUUAUCAAACAUGUUCCUAAUGUACCCAAAGCUAUUGCUUUUAUCUGAGGACAUGCACUGUGCGUGCAAAGUUGCUAAAAUGAUUAAUAUCAAAGUUGUUUUUGUUUAUGUCACUCUCAAUCUCAAAUAACAAGCAGAUCACAACAUUUACAAAAGAGAUAUAUUAGCUUUCAAAAGAAACAGCUUUACAUUUGCCGAGAAAUACUGUACCACUUGAAAAUAGCAUAACAUUAGUAGAGACAUCGAGUUAUAUUUUGCAACGCUGUGUAGGAAAAAACAGUUCAUGUUCAACAGAAGUGGUAAGACCAUAACUCUAGUGUUCUGAAGAAACCUCAAAUUAUAAAAAGAUUUCUUGGGUUGGUUGACUGUACAGCCAUAAUCUUGAGGCCACAAUGUCUGCUGAAAAUUUUUGAACACU